AGCCUCUCUCCCCUCCUCUACCAGAACGACAAUCUGACACUUAACAAUAUGGCCACAAAGUGGGGGAUUUUCUCUGCCGGUAAAAUCAGCAAUGACUUUGUGGUAGCUCUGCAGACUUUGCCAGCUCAGGAUCACCAGGUGGUGGGUUUGGCUGCACGGGAUUUCAAUCGCGCCAAGGAAUUUGCCCAAAGUCAUGGAAUACUAAAAGUAUACAAUUCAUAUGAAGAGCUUGCCAGUGAUCCUGACAUCGAUGUUAUCUACAUUGGUGCCAUUCAUCCAGUCCAUAAGAAUCUGGGGCUGAUGUGCAUGGAGAAAGGAAAGAAUGUCCUGUGUGAAAAGCCUCUGGCCAUGAACCUCGCAGAAGUGAAAGAGCUCAUCUCUGCUGCCAGAAACCAUAAUGUAUUUUUAAUGGAGGUAUUUACUAUCCUAGCAUUCUGGAGCCGAUUCUUCCCAGUCUAUGAGCAGAUCCGCAGUCUCCUAAAUCAGAAAGCUCUUGGAGAGGUGAAGGUUGUACAAGCAGAAUUUGGUGUGAACUUACUUCAUAUUCCCAGAGCAGUGGAUAAGGAGCUAGGUGGAGGUGCUCUUUUGGAUAUUGGCUGCUACUGUGUCCAGUUUGCUUUAAUGGCUUUUAGUGGAGAAAAGCCUGAGUCUAUAACUGCCAGAGGAUAUCUACAUGAGACCGGAGUGGAUGAAACUGUGACAAUUAUCCUGCAGUACUCUGGAAAACGCCAGGCUAUUCUAACCUCCACCCUUGUGACUCAAAUGCCAAACCGAGCUGUGAUAUGUGGCACAAAAGGAAUGGUUCAGAUUCCUUCAUUCAUGUGGUCUCCAACAACAAUAAUAGUUAAUGGAGAAGAAACAAAAUAUCCUCUUCCUCCGACUACAAAACAUUUGAAUUUCUGGAACAGCACAGGACUGAGCUACGAGGCAGAACAUGUACGACAGUGUCUUUUAAAAGGAUUAAAAGAGAGCCCAGUAAUGAGUUUAGCAGAGAGUGAACUGCUGGCUAGCAUCAUGGAAGAAGUCCACAUACAACUGGGCAUCUAUAAGAAUAAAACAUGAAUGAUGA